AUGAGACCCACAACCUCAGUGUUUGCUUUGGCUCUUGGUGCCAUAGUUGCUAUAUCUACGCUAUUUUUUCUUUCCACUAUUUUUAUUGUUAACAAAAGCACGCAAGAAACCCAGCUAGCGGCGUCAAAGCAAGCUAUCCCUGGAGUGAAGCUCUUCGAUACACAAGAAAAGUCGCUAAGCCAUAAAGCUCACUCGCUGCCAAGUACUAGCCCUGCGCUCACUUUGACUCCUACACAUAUAGAUCCUGCUUCCGGUUUGGGUGAUUUUAUGUCUUCUAGCGUCUUGCUAUCGAUCAUCAGGAUUUGUACGAUUGGAUUUGUUUUUGUUUCAGUAGCUAUUUUUUCUAAUCAUUUCCCAAAAAAGCUCACUAGAAUUCUGGUGAAAAACGUUCUUGUAGAAUAUGUCCGUAAUGGGGUCUCAGAUUUCGUAAAUUGGUUCUGGUGUAUUCCUCCACAACCUGCUUCUCCCUUGACGAGGGCUAAAGACCGCCUUUUAUCCGUAAGCACCACUAUUUUGACAACGAUCUUCGGGAAAGACUCAUAUAUUUUAAAUGGGAUAUACACGAUAUUGAACGAUGUAAUUCUUGAUGGAAUGCUUAUACCAAUGUUUAACGCUACUAUCAUUUAUCCUUGCACAAACCCACUUAGCGUAUUUAUCCCUGUUUUUGAUUUGCUGAUGUAUAUUCCUCGAAUCAGCUUAAAUGUUUUUUGUUCCUUAGUUUUUGAACCAGCAAAUAACCCCCCUAACCCUGGUACAGAUCCAUAUUACCCAAUUCCUCUGAAUAGACUUGCUUUUGGAAGAUUGGGUUUCUUGCGCAGCAUUGGAGUUAUAUUCAUGUUUGGCGGGAUUUUGUAUGCAUAUCUGUGUCUUAUUUUUGCCCUUUGGUCUUUGAAUGAAACUAUAAUAUGCUCUAUUGGGAUGUUCUUGAGCCAGCUGUUUUUUGAAAUCCUGACAAUAUUAUGGAAACUAAUGGUGGAUGUGUUUUUAAUGUUUCUGAAUUUCCUCUGGGUUAAACUCUUCACUAUGAGAAUAGGGAAAAACAUAUGGUCCUAUUUCGGUUUCGGUGAAAAGAAAAAUUAG